CAGCAGAACUUCUCUAAAGGACUUCACGACUCUGGAGAGCUGCGGAUCGAGACUUUGCGACAGCUUGUCGAAGUGCUUGGUGUGGUUAUAGAUUGAGCAUGGCGAGCGCAGAAGCAUACAUGGCCAGCCUGAAUGCCUCCUUAUAUCCAUCUGCUCGCCAGGCCAACUCUUCCUCGACGUUUUCGUCUGUAAUACCCGAUGGCCGCGAUCCCUCACCAUCAAGCAUUGUCAGCGAACCCAAAGGCAAAUGCCAUCUCCUGGAUCUCCCAAAAGAGCUACGUCUCUUGAUCUGGGAACGCUACCUUCAAACAGUACCUACACUGGUCAAACUCGAGCAAUACCACUUUGUCUACAAGUCCCGAAGAUACUGGCAACCUUUGCUAAGUCUAGCGAACCGCCAAAUCCGAAGUGAGCUUCUCCCGCUAUUCUAUCGCCGCUGCAGAUUCCAUUUACAAGGGUUCAACGAAGAUGGCGACUGUGAAGUCGAGUUGUUUCUUAACAGGACUCUUUCAUAUCAAGCGCUACAUCAGAACAUGAGAAUUGUGGUAAUACACGGUUUUAUUCUGCAUUCUGGUCGCUGGCUAGGAGAAUUUGAUCUCGGAAAAUUUACGUUGAACGUUGAUAGGCAUUGGAAACAUUCCAUGGAGGGCGAGUAUAGUGGUAUGAUUGAGGACUUGGAAGCUAUUUUCCUGUGGGCUUCGCAGGCGGUCAGCCCGACGGAUUCAAGAGAGCCGGUUUUGCGCCGAUUGCUGAAUGUCAUGAGGGCACGCGGGGUGUUCUUGUGUGACGAUGAUGAAUAUACAGUCCACGGAGACCCGGUCGGCUUCUGAGCCAGAGCCAGACUCGUCGCGAACAGAGCAGGCAACGACUGCGAACAUGACAAUGUACAGUAUCGUGUGCACAUCUAACUGGCACAAUGCCUGACACUCAACGCCGCAACCAACGUGAAUGCCUGCGAUGUGUGCGGGAAGUUGUGACAGGAUUCAGCCAAUGCAAUCAGGCCGAAACGCAUUUCUCGGCGUUCACAUGUGCAUCAUCGUGGUUCGAUUCCAUCGGCCCACUUUUGCCGCCCUCCAGACCAGACCCCAGCA